AUGUACCACCUCUUCCGCUCUCUCUACCUUCAUGCCACCUCGAAAGAGGAGUACUCGGUGCUCCUCCUCGGCCUCGAUAAUGCUGGCAAGACGACCUUGAUGACCCAGAUUCGUGCCCUCUAUAAUACUACCUCCUCUUCAGUUGAUCCAGCGGCAGGCUCGACAGGCGAUCUACCAGCAAGCUCAACCGCGGGCGAUACUGUUCCCACCGUCGGUCAAAAUGUGGCUACGAUCGAUCUACCGAACAUGUAUCUAAAGAUCUGGGACGUAGGAGGACAGAUGACGCUAAGAAGGUUAUGGACGAGCUACUACAAAAGCUGUCAUGCUAUAGUAUUUGUGGUUGACAGCAGUGAUCUGGGACAAUUGGAGAAAGAGGCUGAUGCCCUGCUCACGCCUCAAACACCUGGUGGCCCACGUCAAUGGCAUGCUAGGCGGAAAAGCAGCUAUGCCAUACCUCCUGAAGCUGAUGCGGAAACGCCUGAAAAGCCACCACCUACUCCCAUCACACCAAGCAUAGUUUCGAGCUCAUUCGAACGUGGCCGUUUUGACGAAUGCAGAGCUGUGUUAGAGAACGUAUUGGGUCAUGAAGACACGAGUGGUAUCCCUGUACUGGUUCUAGCGAACAAGCAAGAUCGAGAGGAUGCGGUUGAAGUCGUGAGGAUUAAGGAGGGGUUCGUAAGGCCGGUCUUCGAGGGUGAAAAGGGCGAGAUGAUAAGGGACUCAAGAGUCUUACCAGUCAGCGCAUUGAAAGCUACAGGUGUGAAGGAGGCAGUCGAGUGGAUUCGAAGCAGGGUGGUAUGGAAUAAAACGAGUCGACCACCUGUUAUGAGAUGA